AUGGAUGUGCACCGUAACGCGGUCUUGGGGGACAAACGUUGGCACAGCGGACAGAUCCCUUACGUCAUUAACAGUUCGUUUUCCUCAGAGAUUCAUGGCAAGAUCAUCACUGCCAUGAGAGAGAUAGAACAUGACGUCAACAACCCUUCGGGUUCUGCAUGCAUCAAAUUCGUGCCCAGAACAACACAGACAAACUACAUCGACGUCUAUCCUGGAACCGGCUGCCAUUCGACUGUUGGGAUGGCUGAUAAGGGCAGACAAACGGUUUCACUUGGUCAAGGAUGCGAUGCCAAAGGUAUCAUGAUGCACGAGCUGAUACAUUCUAUUGGCUUCUGGCACGAACAGAGUCGUUCUGAUAGAAACAGUUACGUGACUAUUAACCUCACUAACGUGGAAGCUGACAAUCAUCACGACUACACCAUACUGUCGACCACAACCAGCAACAACCAAAACGUCGCCUACGACUUUGGGUCCAUCAUGCAUUAUGGACCCUACGAGUUUAGCAUCGACAGAAGCAUUCCCACCGUCACUCCCAAGUCUGGCCUGGCCCACAGCCUCAAGAUGGGCCAGAGACUAGCGCUGUCCAAAUCUGAUGUCUUGAAGAUACAGAGACUGUAUGGGUGCACGGAAGAUACGACUCACAUAACCACACCUCUAACAGCAGGUAACCUACUGGCUGAGUGCAGCUUUGAGAGCAGUAUCUGUACCUUGCACAGUGACACGGCCGCCGACUUUGAGUGGGUGCGCAGGAGUGGGCCAAGCAGUGCGGGGCCGAAGGUUGGAAACACCAAUGGUGCAGAUCCAUACUUGGUCGCCACAGCUUCCGGUCACCAUGGUGUCGCCAGAGUUGUCUCUCCUACGUUCAACAAGGGAGGAGUGUGCAUCGACCUGUAUGUCUAUCAGCCAGGACCUUCUUCCUACCUCAACGUGGUAGUGUCCGGACCCCAGGUGCCUCAAAACACUAACAAGAGCUAUCGCAACAGCAUCUACAAACAGUGGCAUCAUUCCCGUACAUACGUGGACAUUUCUGUCAAUACCGCUUUCCAGGUGACACUGGAAGCCCAUAUAAGUGCGGGAGAUGUAGCCAUUGAUGAUCUUCACAUCUAUCAUGGGCAGUGCGAAUGA